GAAGGCCGGGUAACGACGUCAGUCUCCGACGACUUUCUCGUCUCUCCAUUCCCGUGCGGGGAGAGAGAGAGGGAGAGACAGAGAGAGAGAGGGAGAGACAGAGAGAGAGAGAGAGUUGUGAAUACGGAGCGGCGCGCGAAAGAGGAGAGAGAGUCAGUCCCUCCAUUCUUCUCCAAGGGAAAGCUCGUACUUUAAAUCAAAACCAAGAAAUCUUAAUUCCCUGAUUGCGGAAAUCAUGUUCGCCAAGCGCCUCCUGCAAAAGACGGGUCCUCAGCAAAACAUUCAACAUGGGUCCCUGACGGUUCCAGACCUGAAUAUUAGGAUUAUUCUCCAUCAUGGCAUUCCCUUAACAUCAUCAAUACUGGCAUAUGAUCCCAUACAAGGCCUGCUAGCCAUUGGAACUCUGGAUGGAAGAAUCAAGUUGGUAGGUGGUGAUGGCAUUGAAUGUCUUCUUGUUUCACCAGUUAAAUUGCCGUUCAAAAGUUUAGAGUUCUUACAUAACAUGGGUUAUCUUGUCAGUGUUUCAAAUGAAAAUGAUAUUCAGGUCUGGAAUUUAGAACAUAGAUGUGUGGCUUAUUAUAUGCAGUGGGAAUCAAAUGUUACAUCUUUUUCUGUAAUUCAAGGAAGUUCCUUCAUGUAUGUUGGCGAUGAAGCUGGGGUUGUCUCUGUACUGAAAUAUGAUGCUGAGGAAGAAGAAAUCGUGAAGACACCCUACAAUGUACCAAUCACUUCUAUGGCAGGAAUAACUUUGCCCACUACACCAACUGUCGUUGGAAUUCUUCCGCAACCUACUUCAGCAAAUAGGGUACUUAUUGCAUAUGAGAGUGGUCUCAUUAUUCUGUGGGAUACUAGGGAAGAUAACAAUGUUUUUAUUAGAAACAGCACAGAUAUUCAACUGAAAGAUGGAGAGGGUAGUAAUUCAUCGAUUGUUGUUGGAGAUAAUGAUCUUUCUUCAGAGACUCAUCAAGAGGAGAAAGAGAUAUGCUCUCUAUGUUGGGCAUCUGCAGAUGGUUCCAUUCUUGCUGUUGGUUAUAUAGAUGGAGAUAUUCUAUUGUGGAAUAUUUCCUCUUUAUCUACUAGAAAAAGGCAGCAACAUGUCUCAUCUGCUGAUGUAGCUAAAUUGCAAUUAUCUUCAGCAGAAAGAAGGCUUCCUGUCAUUGUCUUGCAUUGGCGUGCUUGUGGUAAUGUCAAUCGUAAUCAUGGUGGACAGUUAUUUAUUUAUGGGGGCGAUGAAAUAGGAUCUGAAGAAGUUUUAACGGUUUUGAGCCUUGAAUGGUCUUCAGGAUUGGAUAGUCUAAGAUGCAUCUCUCGUACAGAUCUUAAACUUCAUGGAUCUUUUGCCGACAUGAUCUUACUCCCAGCUUUAGGUUCAGUGGAUAAACGCAAUGGUGCAUCUCUUUUUGUGUUGACAAAUCCCGGGCAGUUGCAUACAUAUGAUGAUUCAAGCUUAUCCAUGUUAUCAUCUCUGAAGGAAGGGGCACCUACAAUCUGUGGAGAACCAUUUCCAGGGUUAAUACCUUUGAUUGAUCCAUCCAUUUCUGUGGCAAAGAUAUUUUCGCUACCUAAAGGAGGGAAAUUGUCUGAAGUGUUUGCUAAGGUUGCACAAACUCGAAAAACAGAACAAGCAUCUCUCCUCCAGAAAUCUGUUAGAAAGUGGCCCUUAACUGGUGGUGUUCCCAGUCCAUUGUCCUUUGAUGGUACUUUCAGAGUUGAACGUGUGUACAUAUUGGGGUACCAGGAUGGUUCUGUACGAGUGUGGGAUGCUACAUUACCAUCAUUGUCUCUUAUUUUUGUCAUAGGAGGGGAGAUGCCAGAUGUCAAAAUUUCUGAUACAACUGCACCAGUAUCUGCACUAGACCUUUGUUGCACUUCUGGGACUCUUGCAAUUGGGAAUCAGUCUGGAUUGAUUAGAGUCUACAAUCUCUUGGGAAGCUCUGGUGGCAACAGUUGUCACUUCGUCUCUGAAACAACAACUGAAGUACACAUUAUGAAGUCAGAAAAAGAUUACCAGUGUGUAGCACUGUUUUCUCUCCUUAAAUCACCGAUCCGUGUGCUUCAACUUUUAUGUUCUGGAGGCCAACUUGCUAUUGGAUGUGAGGAUGGUCAGGUAUUGAUGCUCAAUGCGCACUCUUUCACUGUCAUGUUUCAUAGAGAUCAUGUAGGUAGCAGUAAUGCUGCAGUUGUUUCAAUGGAAAUGAAAUGUUUAUAUCCUAUCAGCAGUGCAGUCAAUAAUUCAGAUCCAACUUCUAAACCUUUAGAGCAGGACAUGGCUGAGGGGCUGAACUAUCUCUUUCUUGCUGAUAGAGAUGCCCAUAUAAUUGCUCUUAAUGCAGCAACUGGUGACAUGAUAAGUUCUCGACCUCUUCAUCCUAAAAAUAAAUCCACUGCAAUUUCUAUGCAUAUUCUGGUACAGGGAAAGUCAUCAAAGCAAUCGCCAGGUGAAGAUAUUGUAACAGAUGGAGAACAUCACAUUCCUGUUGCUGAUGAUGGGGCAUCAUGUGCUCCUAAGAGUACAUUGGAUUCUCUUCUCUUGCUUUGCUGUGAGAAAGCAUUGCGUGUCUACUCCUUAGAAUCAGUUUUAGAGGGUGAAAGUAAGUGGAUUCAUAAAGUAGAUCUGGAAAAACCUUGUUGUUGGUCAGCAACUUUUAUGAAGGACGAGAACACUAUUGGUGUGGUUCUACUCUAUCAGACUGGACUGCUCGAGAUAAGAUCCUUCCCAGGCUUGGAGCUGAUUGCUGGAAGCUCCUUAUUGUCUAUCUUACGUUGGAAUUUGAAUGCUAAUAUGGCCAAAACAAUUUGUUCUGAUGACAAUGGGCACAUCGCGUUGAACAAUAGCAGCGAAUUAGCAUUCAUUUCUAUUUUGUCUGGCGAGAAUGAUUUCAGGAUCCCUGAUUCUUUGGCAUGCCUUCAUGAUAAAGUCCUUGCAGUUGCAGCUGAUGCAGCCAUGAACAUGGCUUCAUAUCAAGUGAAAAAACAAGAUCCUUCUCCAGGGAUUAUUGGCAACAUCAUGAAAGGUUUCAAAGGUGGCCCUGUUCGGAAUACCGUAGACAAUAAUAAAGACCUUUCAAGAGCUACUUUUGUCGAAGAGCUGGGACACAUUUUUUCCAAGAAUCCAUUCCAUGAUUCUUCAAAAAGAGCCAUGUGCCAGCAGGAUGAUGUGGAACUUAGUAUUGAUGACAUUGAAAUCGAUGACAUUGUACCAAUUUCAUCAUCUUCAACUGCCAGCAGCACCUUAGGCUCCACCAGCAAGCAGAAUAGAACAGAUGAGGAGUUUGAGAGGGAAAAGUUACUGGGUGGAAAAGCAGCAGCUGAGAAGCCUAGAAUGAGAAGACCUGAAGAAAUCAUUGCCCAAUACAGAAAAGCGGGGGAUGCUUCUGGAGCAGCAAAACAGGCAAGAGAUAAGCUCGUAGAACGUCAAGAAAAGCUUGAGAGAUUGGACAGGCGCACUGCUGAGCUGGAGAGUGGAGCUCAGAACUUUAAGUCAAUGGCCGAUGAACUUGUCAAGACACUGGAAGGCCGGAAAUGGUGGCAGAUAUGAAUGUAUAUUUUGUCAAUCACAAAUCCAUGCAUCUUUCUCUGCCACUGCGUGUACUUUCUACUUGCUCCAGAUAUUCUUCGUUGAAUCUUCAACUGCAAAGUUGAUGUAUUUUGUGAUAUAUUUUGAAUGUUGUUCCAUAUGCUUCUUAUUGUAAAUGUUAUCCUAUGUAAAAGCUGCUAUAAUGUAUUCAAGGAAAGAACCUUCUGGGAACAUUAUAUUUUUCCACUGUAUCAAGGUACUUACAUUUGUUUUUUA